AUGGACAGUGAAUAUAAUAUUUCGAACGUGGAGGACUUGGAGCGUCGCAUGUUCAUCGUUGCUACUUCAUCCUUUGGUUUGAUUGCAUCAUUUGUCAUAUCUGCUGUGAUAUUGUUUGAUAACUGGAAGAUACUACGGAAAACCAGAUCUUUUCAACGAAACCCUUUCAGAAUCUUAUUCCACAUACCAAAUCCUUACGUUGUUCCGUACUCCCUUUCGAUAACCUCAAUCAUUCAGGAAACGGCGUUCAUCACUUCACAAUCAAGCAGUUAUCGGCCCAUCAAUGGUGAUAGCUGCAAGGCUUCAUCUCAGGUUGUUUGGACUACUUCGUGGAUCAAUGCAUAUAUGCUUUUUGCGUUGUGUCUAACGUUUAUCCUGAGAGGCGUCAUCCCGUCCAAGAACUUUCCAAAGGGCAUCUGGCUUGCCUUGAGUUGCGGGGGAGCGAUAUUACUCCUAUUAAUACUAACCUGGAUACCAUCCGCAGCCAAACCAAACUUGAGUAGCAGAUGUUCUGCAGAGCCAUCUCAGUGGGUAAAGGGAUGGGCUGAUGUUGCCACUGGUUUAACGGUUCUACUAGUUGCAGUUUACUUUGCAACCAUCUCAGUUCUGAUGUUCCGCCUUCGGAAGUCAAGGCGGCUGAGUCGAGAUCGAAGGACGGUUAUGAAGCAUGGCAUAUUUCAUCUUGUGCUUGGAUCCAUAUUAUAUAUCUCUCCGUUGCCAUUCUACGUAUCUGCUCUACGCCAUCAUCCUUCGCAAGCUUCUGGCCUCGUUUCCUCAAUUGCAAUUCACAUCUUUGGUUUUGCUAAUUCUGCCUUAUUUCUCAUUUUGCGCGGCCCCCGAGACGGACCAUCGACUUCACCAGAUGGACAUAUAUGGGAUAAACGCAGCACAUGGAGCAGCUUUGGUGGUGCAGAUUCUGGUAUUGUAGAGGUGUACCGACCCGAACGGAUAGAGAAGGAGAUGGACAUCAUACAGCUACGAAAUUCUAUGCCGAAGGAGACCCCUGACUCUUCGGCUAAGUCAGGCUUGGGGGUCGCCGGAAUUUCAAAACCAAACAUCGGAGAAUUCCCUCCUCGAAAGGAAGUGAAAACUAGCUCCGUCGGGCCGCUACCGCAUAUCAGAUCUGCAUCAGAAACAAGAAGAAGUGUGAUGAAGGAAACGCUGGUCUCGGGCAAUGCAUCCUAUCAUAGCAAUGAUAUGGUACCUAAAAUGCAUUGUCCCGACGUUGCCACACCGCAAACUCCAAGGCUAGCAUUCAACUCCCCAGUUUAUCAUUUCUCGAAGUUCAGCCCAGCUGUUGCACCCGCUGAACUAUAUCCACCUAGUUACGGAAUAUACCCGAUGAAUCCUCGACUAAAUGUGUCAACCCCGACUUUAGUGGGACCUAAUUCUUCCCAGAAACUGCUAAACAUGCCAUCAACGCCAACACUUAACAGGUCCGGGAGCCUUCGAAGAUCCCUGGAUUCUGCUCUGUUGAAGCCUCUAUAUCCACAUCAUCGAUACAACCACUACUAUCAUUCUAAUGAUACGCACAAAUUCGAGCCCACCCCAGCAUAUCCUGCGCAACCUGCGCAGCCUGGACCUGUCUAUGUUCAGCCGUAUUCGGCCUCCCCAAGACCAUCCGUCUCCACAUACUCGUCAGGCACGCCCCGGAGACUGACGGACAAGAUGCUUCCUCCUAUCCCACCGCAAGAUUCCCAGCAAGUGCUCUUUGAAGCAGCAAUGCGGCUAAGAGACAGCCAAAUUAGCUCUUAUUCAGCACAGUGGCAACACAAUGCCCAUUUAUCCCCCCUUCCCGCAACUUAUCAAUCUUCGCCUUGGAUAUGA